AGGCGAAACAGAAAGGGAAUCUGAACUCAACCAACACCGACUCUCUCUCUCUCUCUCUCUCUCUCUCUUCCCCCCUCAAGCAGCGGCAAUGGAGAUCAACGAAGAUGUCUUGGCCGCUCACAAGCGAACCUUCUUAGAUUUCCUCGAUCAAGAUGUGGGCAAGGGUUUCUACAUGAAAUCGAUUAGGGACAUGAUCCAGAAUAAGCGCCGCCGUCUCAUUGUCGGCAUGGACGACCUCCGCAAUUUCAGUCUCGAUCUUGUGCGGAGGCUGAUUCGGAAUCCAGCAGAGUACAUGCAGCCGAUUUCUGAUGCAUUAACAGAUGUCACAAAAAAUGUUGACCCAAAGUAUUUGAAGGAAGGGGAGAGAGUACUUGUUGGGUUCAAUGGGCCUUUUGGGUUCCAUAAGGUCACACCAAGAGAUCUCAUGUCCUCUUUCAUUGGCUCCAUGGUUUGUGUUGAGGGCAUUGUCACAAAAUGUUCCCUUGUAAGACCCAAGGUCGUUAAAAGUGUUCAUUUUUGCCCUGCAACACAGCUAUUUACUUCUCGUGAAUAUAGGGACAUUACAUCUCCUAUAGGUUUGCCUACAGGAUCUGUGUAUCCAACACGGGAUGACAAUGGGAACUUACUGGUCACUGAAUAUGGAUUGUGUGAAUACAAGGACCACCAAACACUAUCCAUGCAAGAAGUACCAGAGAAUUCUGCUCCUGGUCAGCUUCCAAGAACUGUUGAUGUUAUCAUUGAAGAUGACCUGGUGGAUUCCUGCAAGCCUGGAGACCGGGUAGCAAUUUAUGGGGUGUAUAAAGCUCUUCCAGGGAAAAGUAAGGGUAGUUUGAAUGGGGUAUUUCGGACUGUCCUUAUAGCCAACAAUGUUUCUCUGUUGAAUAAAGAGGCGAAUGCACCGAUAUAUUCUCUGGAGGACCUCAAGAGAAUGAAGGAAGUAGCUAAACGAAAUGACACAUUUGAUCUGCUGGGAAGUUCCUUAGCACCUUCUAUAUAUGGCCAUUUGUGGAUAAAGAAAGCUGUUAUCUUACUGAUGCUUGGUGGAGUGGAAAAGAACCUGAAGAAUGGUACCCAUUUAAGAGGUGACAUAAACAUGAUGAUGGUUGGUGAUCCUUCAGUCGCCAAGUCUCAGCUCCUAAGAGCAGUGAUGAAUAUUGCUCCCUUGGCGAUCUCAACAACUGGUCGUGGUUCUUCUGGUGUUGGAUUGACAGCUGCUGUUACUUCUGACCACGAGACUGGAGAGAGGAGGCUUGAAGCUGGUGCAAUGGUCCUUGCUGAUCGAGGUGUUGUCUGCAUUGAUGAGUUUGAUAAGAUGAAUGAUCUCGACCGUGUUGCCAUACAUGAAGUUAUGGAACAGCAGACGGUGACAAUUGCUAAGGCAGGGAUUCAUGCAUCAUUAAAUGCCAGAUGUAGUGUGGUCGCUGCUGCAAAUCCUAUAUAUGGAACCUAUGACCGCUCAUUGACACCAACAAAGAACAUUGGGCUUCCGGAUUCGUUGCUUUCUCGUUUUGACUUGCUAUUUAUUGUGCUUGAUCAAAUGGAUCCAGAAAUUGAUCGUCACAUUUCAGAGCAUGUCUCUCGUAUGCAUAGAUAUUGUGCUGAUGAUGGAGGAAUGGGGAGCCUUGGCAAAGGUUCAAGGUAUGUUGAGGAGCAGGAGGAUGGUGAUAUUAAUGCACCCAUAUUUGUUAAAUAUGAUCGUAUACUACAUGGUCUGGAAAAGAGAAGAGGGAAAAAGCCAAAGCACGAGAGGCUCACCAUAAAGUUUCUCAAGAAGUACAUCCACUAUGCGAAAAACAGGAUUCAGCCAAAGCUCACAGAUGAAGCAUCUGAUUACAUUGCAACUACAUAUGCUGAAUUCAGGGAUGCAAGUGCAAAUGCCAAGUCUGGAGGAGGUACACUUCCAAUCACCGCAAGGACAUUAGAGACAAUGAUUCGGCUUUCAACUGCUCAUGCCAAACUGAAGCUGAGAAAUGAGGUUCUGAAAAUUGAUGUUGAAGCUGCUCUUAAAGUUUUAAAUUUUCCUAUAUAUCACAAAGAGUUGACCGACAUGGAAGAGCGUGGAAGGGAAAGAGAGAUGAAACGUAAAGCUGAUAGCGAUGCGAUGAACACUGAAGAGAAUGUUGGUGGAAGCACAACUGAUGCCAUGGAAGUUGAUGGUGGCCCUGCGUCGGAUGAAGUUGAUAUUUCUACAGAGAGAGUACAAGAAUUUGAGACAAUGUUGGGUCAGCAUGUGGUUGCAAAUCACUUGGAUCAAAUCUCCAUUACAGAAAUUGAACAACUAGUUAACAGAGAAUCUGCUGUGCCUUACACAAGAAACCAAAUUACGGCUAUCUUGGAGAGGAUGCAAGAUUCUAACAGGAUAAUGAUAAGUGACGGAAUAGUUCGAAUUAUUUAAAUGACACAAAGAGAACAGAACUCAAGAAGAUCUAUAAUCUGCAAAUUUUUCCGCUGUGAAAUCGUUUUUUUUUUGUACUCCUGUUCAGGUCUCAAGCUUUUCACCUGUAUGAGUAAGCCUAAAACUAUCUUGAGGAAAAUUUGUAGACGUUGCAAUUAAAUGUCCCCAUAGUUUGCGUUGUAAGCUGUUUAUUUUCCCCCAGAGUUCCCCCAUGUAUGAAUGUUGUUAUUGCUAGAAUAUUUCAGAGGGAAUUGUGAUAUUUUUCA